AUGCUGGGUCCUGGACAUAACAAAACAAGGACAUUUAGUAUACUAAUUCUGCUUAUGGCAAACUGCAUGUAUAUAUAUAAUCAUUUGACUUUCAGGCCUAUGUUUUUAAAUUGGAUGGUGGCUCCAAAAAUAUGGAUUCUUCUUUCUACAAGCCAGUAUUGGUCCCUUCUCACAGAAGAUUUCUUCUCCUGCAAAGCAAUGGACUUCUUGAAGGUCCUCUUCCACUUCUUCAUGUUUUUUCCUGUCACAUAUGCCUCAUAUGACUGCCAAUAUUAUUCUUGGUGCAGCGACAACAACAUCCUUAUUCGUUUUCCCUUCCAAAUACAAGGUCAGCAAAAUCCUUAUUGCGGCUAUCCUGGUUUCAGAUUAACUUGUUCCAAUGACAGCAAAACAGUUAUAACACUUCCUUACUCGGGAAAGUUCUUUGUCCGCAACAUUAGCUAUCUCAGACAAGAGAUGCGAGUCCAUGACCCUGAUAAUUGCCUUCCCAAACGUCUUCUAAGCCUCAACCUUUCAGGUUCUCCAUUUAUCGCCACUUCACUCCGCAACUACACCGUCUUAAGGUGCCCGACUCGGAUCACAGGGUCACAGUUCAUUCCCAUCGAAUGUCUUAGCAAUUCUACAUCUUUUGUGUCCGCUAUUCCUUCAGUGAACUUCACCGAUUCAUUGCCCGACUCUUGCCAUGUUAUAAAGAACCUCUCAUUUGCAAGACCUGGACCAUAUGAUGAAAAUCUCACCCAUGACUUCAGUCGAGAUCUUCGAUUAACAUGGUAUGCACCUGACUGUAGAUAUUGCGAAUCACAAGAAGCUUUGUGCGGAUUUGAGACCAUAAACAGUGAUCAAGUUGGUUGUUUUUCUGAUUACCAAACGGGUAAAUUUACUCCUCUGUGCCCUUUAAUUUGUUCUUUUAUAAUUUUUUAA